GUCCCGCGCGCCUGCGCCGUAUAAGAGAGGUGGGAUUUGCCGAAGCGCUGAUCGCGGUAGUGUUGACCUGCUUCGGGAGCCCCCGUUCUCCGCUGUCAUGGCCGAAUACGCAUCAGUCAAGUCCACCAAGUUGGUGCUGAAGGGCACGAAGGUCAAGAGCAAAAAGAAGAAAAACAAGGAGAAGAAGAGGAAAAGGGAAGAAGAGGAAGAAAGCCAGCUCGACUGUGUUGGAAAUUGGUGGGCAGUCAGAAACUUUGGUGAAAUUUCUGGAACCAUAGCGAUUGAAAUGGACAAAGGAACCUACGUCCACGCCCUUGACAAUGGCCUCUUUACCCUGGGAGCACCACAUAGAGAAGAUGACGAGGGCCCCAGCCCUCCUGAGCAGCUAACGGCGGUCAAGCUGUCUGACACCAGGAUCGCACUCAAGUCUGGCUAUGGAAAGUACCUUGGUAUAAAUUCAGACGGCCUCGUGGUGGGGCGAUCCGAUGCCAUUGGCCCCCGGGAGCAGUGGGAGCCAGUCUUUCAAGACGGGAAAAUGGCUUUGCUAGCUUCAAACAGCUGCUUUAUCAGGUGCAAUGAAGGAGGUGAUAUAGAAGCCAAGAGCAAGACUGCAGGAGAAGAAGAAAUGAUCAAGAUUCGCUCUUGUGCGGAAAGAGAAACUAAGAAGAAAGAUGAUAUUCCCGAAGAAGACAAAGGAAAUGUGAAGCAGUGUGAAAUCAACUAUGUAAAGAAAUUCCAGAGUUUCCAAGACCACAAACUUAAAAUAAGCAAAGAAGACAGCAGAGUUCUUAAAAAGGCUCGGAAAGAUGGACUUUUUCAUGAGACACUCCUGGACAGGAGAGUCAAGUUGAAAGCUGACAGAUACUGCAAAUGAGGACAACGUUCUUCGCCAUCCUGCUCUCCUUUUCAUUGUUGUCCUGAAUAAAAUGUUCAGCAGAUGUGAUACUUUGUAAAGAAAAGUUGUUUCCUUUGUGUUGGUGAGGGUGGCCCCCCAGGACAACCCAUCAGCCUCCCUCCCCGGGGCUCAUGCUGUCAGGGGGCCUGGUUGGAAGAAGCACUUCAGACCAACGAGCCUGGAGACGUCACCCGGAAAAGGAGCCACAGCCCUGAAGUUGUCCUCUGUGAGUGGGAUAGGCAUCUUGGGGCAGCCCGAAGCUUUCCCUCCUUGGCAGCUGGAUCCAGGGUUAUCAGUUAUCAGAGAUGGGGGGCCCAAUUGGCUGAAGAGCAAAGCUAAUGAGAAACCGGGGCUGGAUGCAGGCCAAGGGAUGCACAAGAUCAGGAAUGGAAGACCUCUACUCAUGCCUUCAGAGUGUCUCCAGUGAGUGAGACCCCCACUCCCAACGGGAGGCUGGUCUGCCAAGAGGCUUCUCGAAGGAGACCAGGGCAGGCGGCCCUUGCCUGAGCAGCCGCUCCUGAUGGGGGAUUCUUCACCGAGCUGAUUCAGAGUUCACCACGAUUCUCUCCUCCGGGAAGCUACCAUGUGAUGGGGGAGGGGUGACUGCUCACACUGGCUCCAGCUCUUGGGAAAGAAAUGAGCCAGAGUGGGCAAGACCCUAAGCUACAGAACAUCCCACCCACAGUACGGAGGAGGAGGGGGCCAGGGAGGCCAAGAGGAGGAGGAACUUCAGUUCAGUUGUUCAGGCUCUGCCUGGCCCCUAGAUUGGUUCCUGGCAUGUGCAGACCCCCUUCCCCCAAUAAACAUUUCCUCUGGAUUGAU